AUGACGACCGCCAUCAGGUCUCACAGUCGCUACACUUUUCCACUGUCGGUCAUUGCUUCGCCAUCGGAUCUUCCCCUUGGUCUCUUUGCUGCCGACGACGGGAGAGGAAUGAAGGCUCGCCGUGAAUUGAUCCCUUUCCCCCCACUGAUUCUUCGUUCCUUGAGGUUUGCCCGAUUGAAUGAAACACAGGGUAAGAGCCCUGAUCUUUUUGUAAAUGGAUCCACUUAUGCGGAUCGUACUUGGAGCCCCGAUAAACAAAUGGGUUUUGAUUUUGACCCAGUCAAACGUCAAAGAUAA